CUUAUCUCGGCGCAGCUUGAACAAGUAAUUUUUCUGUCGGUUCGGGUCUUUUUAUUUACACGGAUUUUCAAUUUGAUUUGGUGCACGGAUAGAGAAUGCUUUGCGAGGGCCACACGUAUUUCAGUGGGAGAGGAAAGCGAGAGAGAGAGAGAGAGACUGGUUGUGAUGACCACGUGUGCAUCUAUAGAUGCCCAAUCGCUUAAUUGCCCAGUAGGCACUUCCGCAUCGUGCAUGUAGCAGUCGGAUUGGGCCUUUAAUUCGAACACUGAUUUGCAAUUAGAUUUGUUCUGCGGAUCGAGAGAACUACCAGUGCUUUGAAUGGAUUAGUUUUCCUCGGUGUCCGCUGAGAUUGGAAGCGCUGUCUCCGUGUUCGUUGUAGAUGAUGAACUUAAGAUUUUGACAAGAAGACUGAGGAGUACACAUUUUUUUUAGGAUCUUCCGUUACACCACCUUUUUAGUUGACCUAACGUUGAAGGAAACCGAUCUCGUAUUUAAAGAGUGAGAACUUUAUGAUGCACGGAUAUGUUAGAAAAAAUACAUCUACUUUGAUCUGUCAAUCCAAGAAUAAUCAGAUUGGUUUCCACGGAUCACGGACACGCAGCCUCUGUUAUUUCCCGUUUCCCAGUUAUUUCUGAACAGUGAAGAUCCGCAAAAAUCGGCGCCGGUGGUGAGGGGAGCACACGCAGUGCGCUGAGACUGGCACAGGUAAAUCGAAGGUGACCGUGCACAGUAAGCAAACUUGAACGGGACAAUUUCCUCGGCAUACAGAAAAAAAUUAGCUGGUAACGCAUUUCUGUCGGUCACAAGCUGUAGUAGCGAACGACGAGUGCCUUUUUUUAACAUCCGCCAAGGAUAGACCGGGCUGGAUCUUGAUGUUACAAAAAUAAAGUGAACAAGUUGCCGACAGGUUGCCGACAAGAUAAAAAGAGUGAAAUUCAUCCACGGAGAAUACGAUACGCGCAGAAGCCAUACCAGCACAAGGAGAGGAGUUUUUAUGGCUGUAAGUCGACCGACCCGAAUUGGAGUUGUCUGUAGCUACUGCCUCGUAUUUAUGAAUUAGCGAAGACGACAGGGAUCUAGGACUGAGAAACAGGUUACAUGUACGUUGGUCCACAUUCUAUAUAAACAAAAACAAACCAUCCUAUUGUGCAAAGCUCCUGGAAUGUUUAUACCCCACGGCCAGUUUGGUACGUAACACCUCGUGCAGUCAUAGGUACGUUAAUCAGAUUGAUUAGAUCUAUUUGGAAUCAAGGGCGUAAAUCAUACAGCAAAUUAUUUCUUGAAUUUACCUUAGAUAUUCUCAUUAAUAAUACUGUUGGAUUUUUUGCACCAGUCCAGCAGCCAGUUUAUCUGAAGGGUGACCUACAUUGGGAGUUAUCUUAUAUAAUUGAUUUUCGAUACCUACAUACAUUAAGAGGUGCGAUGACGACAAGGAAAUAGAAGAAAAAAAAGAAGCGAUGCCAUUGUAAAUGAGUCACAUACAAACGGCGUAUAUUUGUUUCAAGCACUUAAUUAAUAAAAUAUGAUGACUGACGGCUCCUGUUUCACUUCAAUUUGUACAUCAGAUCCACUUGUAGAACAGAAAAUGUGAAUAUUGCCUUUGGCUGAGCAAAAAAAGACGUGUCGCAGACCAUACAAGUUGACUGAAAUAGAUUCUGAGGACCUUCGACACCAAAGCCUUAAACUUUUUCUGGAUUUUUUUCCCUAAGAGAUCCUACCAUGAAUUGUGAAAAGGGGGCAGUGAGCCUGUGAAAGCUGUGGAUACGUGUUCCCCACGAAACGAUUAUCACAUAUCGUGAUCAAUAUGUGGGUAAAGUGUAAAAUGACACAGCGUGAAGUGACGUUUCAUUGUCAUUAUCACCCUCGGGGGUUGGGGAUGCACUGAAAGCAGGGACAGAAAUCCUGGAAAAACCACGGGAUAGGAGAAUAGCACUCUACGCUGAAUGCUUCCGGGUCUGUGAAAACAGGAUGAUAUCAUUAACGAAUAUAAGAAUAUACCAAUCAAAGUCUAUAUAUUAAUUUGAAACCAACUUACCUCUGUUGAACCUGACAUGAACAUUUAUACACGGAGGAUUAUUCAGAAAAGGACAGAUAAAGACUUCGACCUUUCAGGUGCGGAGAAAAACUGAAUUCUGCAGGGUGUUUCGUGCUGUUGGUGGAAGGCUGUGGGCAUACGGGGAUUUAACAGAACUGUCGGAACAAACCCCACGAUGACGUUAAAAGCCGUCAACGAGGUCCACGAGUCCAUGCCGGUGGCGACCGUACAACAGCUGUACGCCACCCUCACCAUGCUGAGCUUCAUCUCCGUGACGGGGACAGCCGGGAAUGCCUUGGUGCUCUACGUGUUUGGACGCAAUUACGAGCGGUCCAGCGCUCGGAUUUUCAUCCUCACCCUCGCCCUUCUCGACUUGUUCACAUGUUCCGUGAUCGUGCCGUUUACCAUAGCUAUGGAGUGGGUGGAGUUCACGCUGUACUCAGACUUCCUGUGUAAGCUGUACCAUUUCUUUGUCACCUCCACCGUGCCUCUGAGUGCGUUCGUCAUGGCAGCCAUUGCUGUGGACAGGUGCCUGUGUAUCUGCCGGCCGUACAAAGUGAAGUCGAAUAUAACUCAGGUCAAGUUCGCCAUUUUCGGCUUGUCUGUUCUUGCCGCCAUUUUGGGCCUUCUUGUCGCCAUGUGCUACGGCUCCGCUACGCCAGAAGAAGAGGAGAGUUCGGAACAAAGCCUCAAUGGCACCCUUCCCGUUGAAUGGAAUCGCGGCAACGGCUCUGUAUAUACCGGGAUGGAGUUGCCUUGGAUUUCCGCCACUAAUAGUCAAAGGAACUCAUCGGUCAGCGACGCUCAAGACAGCGCGAUGGCAAGGACGAAUGAAACGAUCAGCUUGGAAGGACGAUGCAUUCCAGUCGACAAAAUUCUGGGGUUUGAUUUUCGUCAUAAAUAUCGUUAUGUACACUCUGUGAUGUAUUUUGUGGCUUUUUCUGUCAUUGUCAUUAUGUAUUCAAUCCUGUACGUUAAUGUCCGUAAAUAUCAUCGGCGAAAGUCGGCACUGAUCGGAAGCAGUAAAGCACGGGCGCUGUUUGCCAAGAGGCGGCAAAGCGAAGAUUGGCGUAGCAUAGCGCCAUCUACAACGUUUGGACGCGAAACACGCGGUGCUAUCACCACGGCGACCAUCGUCGAAGAAAAUCUCAAGGCCAGCCCUGAUCGCCAAAGCAUUGAGAUGAAACCGUUGUUCGAGGACAGCCAGGAAAACGACGACAACGACAACAUCCCAGCAAAUGAGCAAUCAUCAAUGGUAAAUGGAAGUAGUAGUAGCAGCGGCACCAGUGGCAAACCGAAACCCAGCGUCAGCUUUUCAGAUAUCUUAAGCAAUUGCGAAGAUAACGGUGCCGAGCGAAAUGGCCUCCCUCGUGACGGAAUCGACGGAAAGAGGAACAAACUUGGUCAAAUUGAUAUGGACAACUUAAAUAACACUUGGCCCACACGAGUGAAUAAUAACACCGUUAAUAGGGUCAGAUUCAAUGACCAGCGACGACGGGCCAGUUUCCCGCGCUUAAAUAAAUCUCCUUCACCGCCAAACGGUCUUAGAAAAAUAGCAUAUCCAAAAUCGAACGGCCGGUCAAAACACGUGGCAAAUGGAAGUGGCCUUAAAAGCGAAAACAAUGCUGUUUCUAAAUCCUCAGAAAACAUUGAAAUGGAGGCAACAGCACUGCCAUCUGGCGGCCGUCCAUCCAUGAUAAGACUCCUGUCACAUGUCCAUUUCCCCACCAGAGGGCUGUUUUCAAGAGGCUCCGAAAGCGAUGACAGGACUCCAGACGCCGAGUCCCCAAAGGCGCUCGAGAAGAAGAUGGCAAGAGAGAUAUUCAUAAGAGCGAACUUAAAAACCGCUUCCAUGUUGAUCGUGGUGACCGUUGUUUUCUUUGUUACAUUUUUACCAGGCGCCUUAAUGGCCAUCAAAUGGGUUCCUUUCAAUAUGAUUGUCUUCUAUUGUUACUUUGUAAACAAUAUGGCCAACCCAAUCAUAUAUUCUUUCAUGAAUAAGAAUUUUAGGAACAAUUUAAAACAGAUGUUUACAAGGAGAAGGAGGUAAAAUAGUUUAAUUCCAUAGUUUAUAGCAAUGUCUUUUUAUGAAUUUUUUUUUAAUCAAAUUAUUUAUUUACAUUUUAUACUAGCGUCCCAAAAGACAAAAUCGGUUAAUUCAUUUUGCAGUUUGGUGUUCUUUUAACUAGGUUUAAUUGUUUUUAAUUGUUAAGAUGCUCUGCAAAUGGCCCUUGGUUAUCCAUGCAAACAGAUUAGCAAGCACACGUGGUGCUUACGUCGUGUUCAGACUAAAAGUUGUCGGUCCGGCAGGAUCGAUCUAUCUCUGCGGGUUUUCUCUCCAAGGUGCGGCUAUGAAACUUUCUGGAGGGGGCAUGCCAGGCAAUUGCACUGAUUGAGUUUACUUAUUUACAAUAAUAUCUACAGAGAUAGAUCGAUCCUGCUGGACCGAUAACGUUUAAUCUGAACACAGCCUUAGAAUGUACUUUAGGUGGACAUGCACAUAGUGCCUUUACUGUAAAUGUAAUGUAAAGAUCAUGUUGCACUAACCAUACGUAACUGUAUAAGCUUUUCAUUUGUGAAAUUGUCUCUACAUUGUCUGUGUGCAUGUGCAAAAAGUAUUUCGUAAAUGCAUAUUCCAUAUGGAUCCUUUAAAAAAAUGUUGUUUUUACUUGUAUAUUGAUAUGCUUAUUAAGCAGACGCAACAUUCCUAUGUUGCUGGCGUAUUCGUACAUAUGUUGCCUGUCCAGUAAAAAUAUCACUGUCCUUUUAUAUAUUUGUACCUUCGACUAAAGGGAUCACCAGUCUCCUUCGUACGAUAAAUAUGAUUAUAUGCGAAUUAUUACAUAUAUAACAUAUUGAUAUUUGUGCGAAGUAUACACUGUGAGGCACGAACCCACUUCUUUUCGUUAACAACAUUGUCAGGUGUCUGUGAACUUGCUGUUUAAAGCCAUGGAAUGCCAUUGGCAAUGCGUAUUACAUAUUCAGACUACAAUACGCUACACGCACAUGAACACAGCGUAAAAUUUGUGUACGGAGCGUACGGCGUAUUGACUAAACCAUGUUUAAUGCACAGCAGGACGUUUUGGUCUAGUCGUUGAGCCACUCGUUUCAUUAACUAUACCAGGUGCAGAAUUGCCAGAAUGACAGUUUUCAAAAUGCGCAUAUCUGCUGUCUAGAAUCUUAUUAACAAUAGAAUAGCACCUGUAAUCAACGUAAUUGUCCAAAAUAAUGCGUAGAAGAUGCGCAAAUGCGUAUAAUUUGCCACUCUGCACGACUGAACAAUUCGCAUUAAAUGCACGCGUGCCCGCACACUGCAGCAUGCAUAUGUGUUUUUAUGGAUUAUUUAUUGUAUGGUACGUGUGCGUGCAGUACAUACGUAUGACCAGAAGAUUGUUGUUAUUUUCAUAUCCAAGAAACAGUUAAAUAUUCACUGUAUUUCUUAAUAUGACCAUAUAAGGGCGAAAAGUAAUCUCCAAAUAUGUUUGACAUAACUUAAUUAUGAACAAAUAUGGGUGAAAUGUCUUAAUAUCAAGAAAUAUAGUUGAAAAUGCUUGGAAUUUGACUGAACGUACCAUACAUAGACAAUUAACUACACGUUAUAUCAGCCCGUUCACCUUCCUGUGCAGAUAUGAACAUGUAAGUAUAUAAUGUGAAAUAAAUAUAUACAUAUGCGUACCUUUG